GCGCAGGGCCGCGCCGGAACGCCCGCCUGGCCCUCCCUCCCGCCUGAGGGCGCCCAAGCAGGGCUCGGACGGGCAGUUUCCGCCCGAAACCGCUUCAUCCUCUCAUCCGGUCCGAAGCAAAUGCCGGAGAGAGACAAGAGCCGCCGGCAGGUCGGCCCUUCUGCUGCCGGCUGCCCCCGCCUCAAACCUCGGCCAAUCCGACACCGUGACGGGCCCCACGAUUCACACGUCACCUCUCUCUGCGUCCAGCAAGUCCCGCAGACUCACAGCAAGGACCCAAGGAGGGCUGCCCGGCCCACCGCCUGAAGGACCCCGCUUCGGCCGCACAGGCUGCCUAUCACGCUGCCUGGUGGUCGGGCACAGCAGCACGGGGACCAGGAGUAAGAUGACUUCUAUCUUGCGAAGCCCUCAGGCUCUCCAGCUCACUCUGGCCCUGAUCAAGCCUGAUGCAGUUGCUCACCCAGUGAUUCUGGAGGCUGUUCAUCAGCAGAUUCUGAGCAACAAGUUCCUUAUUGUACGAAUGAGAGAACUUCUGUGGAGAAAAGAAGAUUGCCAGAAGUUUUACCAAGAACAUGAAGGGCGUUUUUUCUAUCAGCGGCUGGUGGAGUUCAUGGCCAGUGGGCCAAUCCGAGCCUACAUCCUCGCCCGCAAGGAUGCCAUCCAGUUCUGGAGGACACUGAUGGGACCCACCAGAGUGUUUCGAGCACGCCACGUGGCCCCGGAUUCAAUUCGUGGGAGUUUCGGCCUCACCGACACCCGCAACACGACCCAUGGCUCUGACUCUGUGGUUUCAGCCAGUAGAGAGAUUGCAGCCUUCUUCCCUGACUUCAGUGAACAGCGCUGGUACGAGGAAGAGGAGCCCCAGCUGCGCUGUGGCCUUGUGUGCUACAGUCCAGAGGGGGGCAUCCACUAUGCACCCGGAACAGGAGGCCUAGGACCAGCCUGAUAGAGGCCUGUCAGUCUGUGAAGACUGCUGGCAUUACCCAGCCUUUUCUCAGAGACCUCUGGUCCAGAGCAUUCUCCUAGGACCAGGGAGCCCUGGGGCUUAUGGUGCCAUCUCUGUUGGGCACUGCCACCUGCCUGAGGGCCUAGCUCCUCACUCUAGAAUCAGCUCUCUGUCUACCUCUUCUCUGAAUGUUCAUGAGUGGUUCAGAGGAAUGAUGGCACCUCUUUUUUCUGAGAACUAUUCAUCCUUUUUCAAGGUGGAGCUUCCCUAAUUGGCUUCCCUGAAAAAUGCAGUGACUCUGUGUAAGCAGCAUUUGGCCUAUCUUCUUCAAUAAAAGUCAGUGUUCUACUGAAUCCUCAAGGCUGGGAGCACUACCCUAGGUGCUCUCUCUCUAUCCUUAACUGGAAUAAUUAAACCUGUCCUGAAGCUAAGUUUCUGGUUUAUGCUAACUGAAGAGAGAAUUGUGUAGAAAUCUCCCAGGAGGUUCACACACACAGAGUAUGCAGCUUAUGUAAUGCAUAAAGGCACCCAGCAACGGAGCUGAGUGUGGGUUUAAAUCUAUGCUGUGCACCUGGCACAGGGCUGCAUCCUGGAGGAAGGAGCACCUUUUAUUUGAACAAAGGUGUGUCUAGGGGCCCGCCCUGUGGCCAAGUGGUUAAGUUCGCGUGCUCCAUUUCGGUGGCCCAGGGUUUCACUGGUUUGGAUCCUGGGCGCAGACAUGGCACCAUUCAUCAAG